UUUCCUGAAUACAGGCAACCACUUCCUGAAAUAUUUUCCUUUCUUUGAUUCUGACCUAUUCACUUCCAACCCGAAGAACCAUUAUAUCAGACAAGAAACAAUAAUAACAGUGGGGAGUUUAAAAUAAAAUGGUUUCAUUGAUUUGAAAAUUUCGACUGGCUAAAAAGGAUUGCAGAGAUUGCAACAAAGUCGCAAUCAGAUUCUAUGGGAAUGAAUACCGAUUAAUUUAAUACCAACUGGCAAAUUUGAGAGGUACAGGAAAUACCCACCCACACACACCAAUAUAAAAAAAAAAAAUCAUAGUUGAAUCGCAUGCUGAAUAGUGUAUCAAAUAGCAACACAAUAAAAUGCUAACUACAGGCAGCAUGUGUCCUUGCAACUAGAGUGUGAUGAAAGACGGAGUGCCAAGGAAAACACCUGAGGUCCUUUGGAAUACCACUGUGAAUUACGUCUAGCCUCAAGAUCGUCUGGCAAUUAGGAAGUUACACUGAAUGGUGAGCGGAAGACUGACACAAAAAUACCAAAAAUGUUCCUGUAACGGCUUCAAAAAUGCGGACAAAUUUAUAAUGGAACUGAUUUCAGGUUUGCGACUAUAAAUAUAAUGUCUAAGAAUUCCCAGUUGGUUGGACAAAUAUUUUCGUUCGUUCAGAGGAAAAAGUAUGAUAGCAACAAAGGUAGUGGAAUAUAUCAAUAAUGGAAUGCAUUAAUAAUAAUAAUUUAAAAAAAAUGAUGGAAUUAGCAGAAUGUAUUCUUUGAUAAUGUUGUCUAUUUUUUCAUGUCGUGGUCGUUACUCACGACUAAAGGAUUAUGUUAAUAUAUAAAUCAUUAAACUAAAUACAAGAUAAUGUUCAGUUUAUUAGUUAAUUCCCAAGGAGGUACCACCACACAUUGACACAACACACGCGUCUGUAUGUGUAUAAGAUGUUUUGGAAUGUAUAAUAAUAUACAAAGAUUUUUACGUACACACACACACAUCUUAGAUAAACAUACAUUAUAGCAUUGGCAUUAUAGAAAAUCCAAAAUUGCCUAAUAACACAUGAUAUGUGUUUGGUAAAAACUUAAGGAAUGUAUUAUUUAUUCCUCCUACUGCAGUACAAACACAGUAAAUAAAUAAAGAGAAAUUUAUAAUUCAAAGCACACACCGGGACAUUAAUAUAAACAGCAAGUAGUGUUAUAUAUAGUUAUAUUGUAUACAAACGGACACUGUGACAUAUUUUUAUAUGUAUAGAGGUGUAUAAGCGGAAUAAAAUUACAACCACACACACAUACUGAAGAAUGGUGUAGAUAAACAUUAUAAGAAAAUAGGCUGUAAGAAUGAAAAAAAUAUACAUUUAUAGAUUUAUAAUUUUAAAAUGAAAAGAAAGAAAAAGAGAAAAAUUUAGAGCUUCACUCACAUGCCAAUAGAGAGGGAAAGAUGAAAUGAAUGAGAGAGAGAAAAAAAAACUGAAGAAGUUGAGAUAAAAGAUAAAAAUUUAUAUGUAUGUAUGUAUAGAGAAAGAGAGGGAGAGAAAGAAAGAAAGAAGGAGAAAUUGAAGUAAAAUUUAAUGAACUAGAUCCAAAAGACAAGUCAACAACCCAUAGCUGUCAUAUUUUGGGUGUGUAAUAAAAUUUUUCUAUUUUUUAGUCCGGGGUGGUCUCCGUUCAAAGAGAAUUUUUAUAUUAUUCUGUUAACCUCCAGCAAAAGAGGACGACACCAAAAUAAACUCUUUUAUAACAUAUAUAGAUAUAAAUAUAUGCACUCGCACCCAUAUACAUAACAUACACAUAUUGUAAUCUAUGUUAGUGGGAACCAAUUUAAAAGAUCCGUCUGUUAAUUUUGCACCGGGACCGGAUCUUCCUCUUGACAGCAACUUGUGAUUAGUUCUAAGAAAAUUAGUUUUGUUGUCAUCGUGAUCGUGGUAGUGGUGGUUGUCGCUUAGACCAGCUUUUUUUGUUACCAUCAUUAUUACCGGUACCAGCCGCCCUGGAUACGCCGCCGAACAUGCCCUCCGAUCGCCGUAGAGCUUCACUUCAGGUCCAUUCUCAGCGGAGUGAGCCAUGUACCCCGACUGACGGUGGCUGGGCAGGAGGAGGUGGACUGGGUGGACUCUGGAACAAUCGUACUUCUCGCCAACGUACCCAGAGUCAGCUCAUUCCACCAAGACAGCCCUCUGGUUCUUCACGGAUAUUUCAAAAGAGCUCAAAACGCCGCCAAUCUGCACCAGCAUUAGGACUGUCUAAUUCACAAAGCGACGUACCUGGAACUACUCAGAUAAUUCAUGUAAAGAUUAUUGCUGGAGUUAAUCUCGCGAAAAAGGAUAUAUUCGGCGCUAGUGAUCCAUAUGUUCGGAUUACUUUGUACAGAGGAGACCGGGAAGAUGGUAUUAUCGAUGUCACACAAACAAAAACAAAGAAAAAAACAUUGAAUCCAAAAUGGAAUGAAGAAUUUUUCUUUCGGGUAAAUCCUCGUGAUAACUGCCUGCUCUUUGAAGUAUUUGAUGAAAACAGAUUGACUAGAGAUGAUUUUCUUGGACUGGUGGAAAUUCCACUCAAUCACACCAGUAUUCUCACAGAACGCCCUGGUCGACGUAUUCCGACAAAAGAUUACAUCCUUCGGCCACGCAGUUCCCGAUCAAGAGUACGUGGCCACCUAUGGAUAUAUCUUGCAUUCUAUGCACCUGAAGGGGAAGUAGACGACACAGAAAAUCAAGAAGAUACUGCAUCAGCACAGUCGGAGCAGCCUGGCUGGGAGAUGGUGAGCCUUCAGAAUUCCUUGAAUGAAUCUGGAGCGUCGGGUCCCACUCCGUCAAUGUCUGACGAACCAUUGACACCUUUACCCCCAGGAUGGGAAGAAAGAACUGAUGCCCAAAGCAGGACGUAUUAUGUUAAUCAUAAUGAACGGACUACACAGUGGGAAAGACCAUCAAGUAAUAACAUGCUUCCCCCUGGCUGGGAAGAACGAGUGGAUGCUAACGGUCGACUCUAUUAUGUUAACCAUCACAGCAGAACCACACGGUGGGACAGACCAACACUACCUGCAGCACAGCCUUCUCAACUGGAACUUCAAAGGCAGCGCAGUAUGGAGGUUGCACAGUUAUAUCGGCAACGUAGACACAUUAGCCAAGAAGACACAAUUAGUUUAAAUACUUCAGGAAGUGAGAGUUCUGAAGAAACACAACCACCAGCGCCUCGAACGUUACAAGAAGAAGAUACCAGCUCAACUUCAAAUAGUGAUGUUAGUGAGGAACCUCUCCCUGCAGGUUGGGCAACCUCAGUUGCUCCAAACUCUCGACCAUUCUUCAUUGAUCAUAACACAAGAACAACAACUUGGGAAGAUCCACGGAAAACACGUUCAAAUUCGUUAAGAACGGCAGCUACACCAGAUGCUCCUAAACCUUUUGUACGAUCGUCAUCUAAUGAGGAUCUCUUAAAUAAUCUUGGACCUUUGCCACCUGGCUGGGAAGAACGUAUUCACACAGAUGGCAGAGUAUUUUAUAUAGAUCAUAAUACCAGAAGUACAAUGUGGGAAGAUCCCCGACUGCAGAAGCUUGGAGGUCCAGCAGUUCCAUAUUCUCGGGAUUAUAAAAGAAAAUAUGAUUACUUCCGAUCCAAACUUCGCAAACCUGUCAAUGUUCCGAACAAAAUUGAUAUCAAAAUAUCACGGUCAAAUGUAUUUGAAGAUUCUUUCCGUGUCAUAAUGAAUGUAAAGAAAGUAGAUUUACUUAAAACCAGAUUAUGGAUUGAAUUUGAUGGUGAAGUCGGUUUAGAUUAUGGCGGUGUUGCCAGAGAAUGGUUCUAUAUGCUCUCUAAAGAAAUGUUCAACCCCUACUAUGGCCUAUUUGAAUAUUCAGCUACUGACAACUAUACCCUCCAGAUAAAUCCUUUGUCAGGUGUGGCUAACGAAGAGCACUUAAGUUACUUUGAGUUCAUUGGUCGGAUUGCAGGAAUGGCUGUGUAUCAUGGUAAAUUGUUAGAUGCCUUUUUUAUUCGUCCAUUCUAUAAAAUGAUGUUAGGAAAAACAAUAAAACUUUCAGAUAUGGAAUCAGUGGAUUCUGAAUACCAUAAUUCAUUAGUGUGGAUUAAAGAAAAUGACCCAACAGAACUUGAUAUCAGAUUCUGUGUAGAAGAAGACUAUUUUGGAGAGAGAGCAGAACGAGAGCUAAAACCUGGAGGAAAAGACAUUGUAGUUUGUGAGGAGAAUAAACUGGAAUACAUUGACUUAGUUAUUAAGUGGCGGUUUGUCUCUCGGGUUGAAAAUCAAAUGAAGCUGUUCAUGAAAGGUUUUAAUGCUCUCAUCCCCCAAACAUUGUUACAAAUAUUUGAUGAGAAUGAAGUUGAGUUGCUGAUGUGUGGUCUCCAAGACAUUGAUGUCAAUGAUUGGAAAAGGAACACAGCCUACAAAGGAGAAUAUAACCAGAACCAUCCAGCUAUUGUGCAUUUCUGGAGAUGUGUUUAUUCCUUUAACAAUGAAAUGCGAGCCCGUCUACUACAGUUUGUAACUGGAACAUCCAGAGUUCCAAUGAAUGGUUUCUCUGAAAUGUAUGGCAGCAAUGGGCCUCAGCUUUUCACUAUAGAAAAAUGGGGAACACCUGACCAGCUUCCUCGUGCUCACACUUGUUUCAAUCGACUUGACCUACCACCUUACGACACAUACCAGGAACUGCGCAAGAAGUUGAUUGUUGCUGUAGAAAAUACACAGGGCUUUGAAGGUGUUGACUGAAAGCUUUCCACCAUCAUAAUUAACAAUAAAUUUGUCACUACUACAAUUAUUAUUUCUAUAUUGCCCAAAACAGGCAUCUGCUGGACAGUUACAACACUUUGAAAAAAACUUUUUUUCAUUCUGAAAUUUUUUUUUUUUUCAUUCAGCAAAAUCUGUGAUUCCUUCUAUCCUCACCUCUCUGCCUAUUUCUCUCUCUUAUAGUUGUAUAUAUAAUAAUAAUAAUAAUAAUAAUAUAAUAAUAAUAAUAAUAAUAAUAAUAAUGCAGAACUCAAUUUGUCUUAUUUUUAGUCUUCUGAAUGCAUCACUAUUCUGUCAUUUACAGAAUUAUCAAAAUCAUCUCUUACCACAAUAGAAAUUAAUUAUUGGUAAUAAUUAGUGGUAAUGAAAAUGAAGAUGUUUUCUUUUUGUCAACAGCACCUCUAUUUUAACCCCUCCCCUCUUCACUUAAAUGGUUGCUACUGUGCACCUAAUGACCAAUCUUACUACUUUUACAGCCCAAUGUCUGGGUCUCACGCUUCUUAAAGCCCAAGAAUGUAUCCUGUUGGUGGAGUAAUUUAUAUUACACCAUUUUUUCAGGUCACUAUAUUCAAGUGUCAGCUCCGAUGAUACGACUGUAGGCUGCACCCUUUGUAAGAAGUGCAUCUAUGUUGAAGUACUUUUUAAGUUAAAGGAUCUGGCCAAAUAAUGGACCAGAAGGAUGCACAGAGCUGUUAUUAUACAAUGUGAGAAAUAUUCUAAACAAUUUUUAUUAAAAAAAUACAAAAAGCGACAGCAAUGACAGAUUUUGAAGUAAAACUUUCCUUCUUCAAUAUAAUUUUGUUUAAUCCCGCCUCUCAACUUCUCUCUUCUUCCACACUAAUUAAUUCUCUUAUGGCACGUUUUGGUUUGCCUCAAUAAUUCCAUUUAUUUAUUUUUUGUUUUUUACAAGUAAAACAACACCACAAACUGUUAUUACCCUUUUAUAUUCCUUGAUCUUUUAUAUUUUUUUAUAAUGAUAUAUGCUAAUUCUUCUCUACCACCUUCACUGACUACGACUCUUCUAUGUUAAAACUGGGAUCUGUUGUGUCUUCUGUAGAAAACUAUAAUAAAUCCUCCUUUAUAUAUAUUUAUAUAUAUAUAUAUAGACACAAACACAUCACAAGCUUCUAUAGUCACAGAUAUUAUCUAUAUCCUGGAAUCCUCUAUUCUUAUAUUGCAGUGGCUUUUUUUCUUUAAUCCACUGGCAAAGCAACAGUUUGCCCUUUUCAGUUUGGUUAAGCCAAUCUUCUAGUCUUUUUUCUCUUUUUCCUUUCUUUUCAACUUAUUGGGGUGGGUGGCGGGAAAAAUAAGCUGACAUUGUUAUCAUGUCAAUUGUGAACAGUAAUUUUAGAGUUAUCUCCCAUGAUAUUAAAAGGAAACAGCAAACAAAUGAUUAAUGUAUGAAAUUAUAUUGAAAAUUUGUACAGAAACAAACUCGUACACAUCUAGUGUAUGUGCCAGUGUAUAUUAGCACCUUUGCUAUAUAUAGCCAAGUCAAAAUAUCAUUUAUGAAAAUAUUAAGAUAUUUGUUUUCAAAAACCCAAAUUGGAUGAUAAAAAAUAAAUGAUUGUGAAAUAGAUGUGUAUGAACUGAUUUUUUUUAAUGUAUUCUUUUUAUCUUUUUCAAUUUUAAUCUUCAGUUGGUUGUUUUGCUCCCCCUUCCACCCCCCUUUUUUUUAAAAUUCCUUAAGUCUUUGUGUAUGUGCGCACUCACCACCAUCCCAUCUUUUCUUCUCUCUCUCUCUCUUUUACAACCUAACCACAGACAUUGGUCGGAAAUUCACACAUACACAACACACCCACUUUAAUGUGUUAUUGUACUCGUAUGUAUAUAAAUAUAUAUAUAUUCCCAAAUUAAUACAUACACCAACCUUUUAUUGUUCGAGGUGAGAUUUUUUCCCUGCCUUUUUUUUCUUUUUUAAUUUAUCAAUCUUUUUGCAAAACAACCAACUUUAUUUUCUAUCCUCCUCCUCCUCCUCCCAAGUCAUGAUGUAACAUAACAUUGCCAUAGCACAAAGUCUGCAAGACAACAAAUAAAAUAAAAUAAUAUUCAAGACAGUAUCGUCCCGACAUAGGUGAGUUGGACAGCUGGCUUCUUACAGAAGAUUUACCUUCACUCAGUGGCUCUUGGCUUUUUAUCUUUGAUAUUUUAUAAAACGAAUUAUUAAAAACUGCAUCAGUUUAUUCUUUGUAUACUUUUUUCUUUAUAUUAUUUUUUAUUACAUGUUUUGCCUUUGUCUGUUUUGUGUUAUCAAUUUUGAAUGUCUCCUCAGUGACUCUGUUCUCCUGUGUUUAUAUCCAAACAACAAACAUCAAUCUGAAGUAAAAUAUCAAUUAUUAUACAUUGUUA